UUAUCAAAGGCAAAACCCCGCUAGGGUUUUUGUGGGCGCGGUUGGUAGUAAAAAAUCAACAAGCGGUUGUAUGUCAGCGCAGUUGACAGGGAGCGGCAUCGACUGAUUUAUUUAUAAAAAAUUCUGAUUUUUUAUUACACCAUGGAUAUCAAUUUGUCGGCCUUUCGCGAACCCAGGGGGGUGAUGCGAGUUAUACAUUUUAUAUUCUCGAUCUGCGCCUUCGCCACCAUAACAGGAUACACAGGUUACACACAGAUCGCCUGCAAAGACGACUCGGUGAAGAAGGAGUUCGAGUACCCGUUCGAUGUGUACUACCCCAGCAUAAACGUCUCCAACUGUGUGACGUCCCUGACGUUCGGGUACUCCUCGGACGCCAGGUACUUUGUGGCGACUGGCGUCCUGGCAAUGCUGUACUCGCUGGCAAUAUCAAUUGUGUAUAUAAAAUUCGACGAAAUGUACAAGAGCAAUAACCAACUUCCUAUGAUUGACUUUGUCGUGACCGUUAUUUUUGGCGUUUUGUGGAUAUCAAGCAGCGCCGCGUGGGCCACGGGUCUCUCAGGUCUCAAAAGUAUGGCGGAACCGACUCUCGUAAGUUCCGCUUGCUCAGCAGCGAAUUGCAAAGUUUCUACGAGUAAUUUCUCAACGUUGAACAUAUCUGUGAUUUUCGGAUUUUUGAAUUUCUUCCUGUGGGCGGCGGACUUGUGGUUUUUGUAUAAGGAAACAGCCUGGUUUCCGGGAAACCAGCCUCAGACUACUAGCGGGGUUUAAGGCGAUUCUUGAACUGGUUUUUUUCAACUAGUCACUUAUUUAUGCACAAUUGUUUGAGUUUUAGGAGGUUAGAUAGGGAUGUUAGCACAAGGAGUUGUCGAACCGUGCUUGGAGUUUCCAAGCGUGGGUGCAUGUUCCCCAUUGGAUUUGUCCCUCCGUUAUUUGAUAUUACUUAAGUUUGUUUCCAUCCAUUUUUUAGACUGAUUGGUGUAGUUUCGGAUUUUUGUUUCGUAGCGUAAAGUAGCUCGUUCAAAUCGCCAUAAGUGUGAAUUCCCUUAGCCAACUCAAUACAAUGUGGUAGGGAUUAGUUUUGUUCCAGUAACGCUAGUAUUCAAAGCAUAUUAUUACUUCUCCCUUGUUUAACUAACCGUUAUAAAUGUUUAAUAUGUUAAUAAAUAUGUGCACAGUGUGCAUGACAUUUUUAAUUAUUUUUUUCUUAAACAUACCUUGCGACUGCAAUUUAUUGUUCAUAUCCACUGCCAUAUCUGUCAAUGUAUUAUUAAACGCAAUCAGAGGUGUACAUAAUUAAGUUGAAUUAUGUCAUGUUUUUGUUUGAUAAGUUCGUAAAUAUAUUUUUUUACCUUA